GAUUGAGUCACGGCCUGAAGGUGGCUGAUUGUUGUGGGAAGGACUUCCAUUGAGGUGGAGAAGAUCCGAGUGACGGUGUGGAACUGAAACCUGAGGAAUAAUCCUGCUUUAGGAGAAUGAAACUUCUUUAAAAAUGCACUUUUUACUCAUUAAAACCAGUCUUCUAACGUCGCACAGAUAAUCUGAAGCGCAGAAACAGAGUUGAUUUGUGGUAAAAUGCUCCGGAAAGACAGAGCUCGAUCCUACAAGGAGUUCAAUGAUGAAGAGGAUGACGAUGAAGGUAACACUCAGUCUCAUGGCUUUUUCGACGACGGCACUGAAGACUUGGACCAUGAGGAGCCCAACGGCAGCAUCUCACAAGAUGACGACAUCACGGGCAACAGUUCAUCCAGGAGGUUCAGUAAAACCUGCCUGAAGAACGUCUUUACUGUGGUUCUCAUCUUCGUGUACCUGCUGCUUACGGCGGUGGCGGUGUUUCUCGCCUACCAAACCAUCUCCGACUUUCUGGUGAAGCUCAAGCAGCCGGUCAUGUCUGUCACCUACAAAGAAGUCGACUCAUUUUCACCCCCAGGUAUCGCUCUUUAUCCCGGCAAAGCUCAGCUGCUGAGCUGCAAACAUCACUACCACGACUACAUCCCGCCUUUAGUGGACCCUGGCACACCUCAGGAAAUAGACUGUGAGGUUACACGAGUGACUUACAUCGGACCGUUCACAAAUCAAACAGGGAAAACAGCUCUGGUGUUCCGUGGCCCGUCUGAUGUCAGAAACAAAGAGCUGAUCUUCAUGCAGUUCAGUCACAAUGAAACAGAGGAGGACUUCAGCGCCAUCACUUACAUGCUUUUUGCAAAGUAUAGCGACUUGAUUACGAGUACAAACAAAUCAGAGUUUAUGAGGGACUGUGAGAGGAAUUAUUCCACAUGGACCUUCUCUGGUGGAUUCAGAACUUGGGUCAAGAUGUCUCUAGUGAGGACUUCUGGGAAACACAAUGAGGCUAUGGAGUUUCGCCAAGAGUCCGCUGUGGUGAAAUUCAACGACAAGCGACCGGAACAAGAGCAGACCAACCAGCUCUUCUUUGCCGUUUUCGAAUGGCGAGAUCCUUACAUGCAAGAAAUCAGACUGAUAGUCACUGCGAAUCCCUGGAGCGCCAUGGCCAUCCUCUGCGGCGUCUUCAUGGCUCUUUUCAAAGCUGCUAAUUUUGCCAAACUCACCAUUCAGUGGAUCAUCAGGAUGCGUAAGAGACAUCUGAAGAAUAAAGCACGAGAACUGAACCAAGUGAGCUGAAACACUUUGUAGAGAAGCACUGGUGACACAUUCUGACAAAAUCCACAUUAUCUCACUCUUCUUAGUCUUUAUUUUUACACAGUUGCAUUUGUUGAGGUCACUAACUUGCAUCAUUUUCUAAUAACUGGUGAGAAAUUUAAGCACUGAAGCAUUUUAUCCGCAAGAUUUUCCAUUUUAUUGAUGGUGUUGUCUCCAUUUUCACGUUUUAACAAACAGAAAUGACUGGAUUUUACUGCUAAUUUAAUCAUUUCAUAAAGAGAUAUUCAGUGAAUUUUUAUUGUUGUUGCUGCUGCAUUUCAAAAUAAGACGUGUUUCAUAAAUAUUUUCUGAAACAUUCCAGGGAAACAAAUGUUGCUGAAGGGUGAGACGCAGUUAAAGCUUAUUUUUGAAAACAUGUUUCGGGUAUAAAACUGAGAAAAUGUGAACUUUGGUAAAAAUGUUGCAGGAUUUUGGAGUGGUUCUCAAAGGGAUAAUGCUACUUUAAAGGGAAUAUUACACAACAUUGUGUCUGUAUGUAGCGUUUUAUAACACAAAUUGCCAUUCCGAAUUACAAUUACCUUGAUAACUCCUAAGAGAUUAAGAGCUGUUUUUAUAGCAUAUUUGCUCAAUCCAUUUUUCCAGAACUUUCUCUGAUUUCAUGUAAUUCCAACAUAAUGUGUUGUAAAGAACUGUAUUUACUUGAGCUGUGAAUGUGUCUUGGUCAAUAUUAUAUCACAUACGUCAUGUUUUUAGAGAUGUUCAGAAAAUAAACAUAUUUUUAUGCCUGAAAA